AUGAAUCAAAAUAAGAAGAAGAAGAUUAAGAUGAAUAGCGGUCGCGCACGGGUGCCGAAAUGCGCUCGAUGCCGCAACCAUGGUCUCAUCUCCAGUCUACGCGGCCAUAAGAAGGCCUGUGCUUACCGACACUGCCAAUGCCCGAAGUGUGGCCUCAUCAAAGAACGACAACGGAUAAUGGCUGCUCAGGUGGCUCUGAAGCGCCAGCAAGCAGCUGAAGAUAAGAUAGCUCUGCACCUGGCGUCGGUGGAGAGUGGGACGGCGUUGGCGGCGCUGCCCCCAGGCCGCAUCUACGGGAUGAGGGUCACAGGCCCUUGUCCCAGCCCCGGCCCGGAACCUGACUCCGCUCAUGAUCAGACUCCCAUCCACAUCGAUAGCGAGACGAGUGACUCCAUGCCAGAUUGUUGUGCGUCUCCGGAUUCUGCCGGGAACUCCGCUACACCACGUUCGCGGAUCGGUGGAAGCGAAGAUCCAACAGAGGGUGAAGGAACAGUAAGCACCGCGGGCUUGGAGAUGUUACGUAAGCUGUUCCCUGGCAAGAAGCGUUCAGUGCUUGAGCUCGUUCUACGUCGCUGCAACCACGACCUUCUCCGAGCUGUUGAACACUUCAAUGCUACACAGGUGAGCGGCCGUCUUUUGCAGGGCCACCGCGACAAACUGCUGUCGCCUGGCGCGGGUGCCAGUUCAAGUUUCGAUGCAUCGGUUACCAGCUCUGAAGAGAAUGAGACGCGAUGGUCUGCCUUCCGGCCAGUUGGGCCGCGAGCGCCUCUGCUGCCUGCUUUGGUGAUGGGUCGAGUGUGUGGCUCUGAGUGGCUUGUGCCCUUGCCUGCUUUACCGACUUUAUCUGCGCCGUUGUUUCUCCCGCUACAACACCAACACCCCCCGCCCGCUCCUUGCGCACCUGAUUGCCGACAGUGCAAUCACCACUGAAGUUUUGCGUUAGAAGUACCGAUCGAAGUGUUGUGCGUACGAUUAUGUUGCAAGUUGGUGUCGUUCUUGAUAACGAAGCCUCGAUGUAAAGCUCG